CUGUGACGCACCACCUGCUGCCACCCUCUAAGCCGGCCGGCAGACCUCGCGCGACGCCGACGCUCCACCGGCUCCUGGCCCACCUGCCGACGCAACCUACCGGCCCACCCCGAGCACGAGCACCGCCACCUCGCCCCGGCGUCCUCGCGGAGUCCUCCAGACGUGACGCGCCAGGUUGACAAGUGCCACUAGGCGGCCGGCCGCUGUCGGCGGCAUGACAACCGCGAAAUGAUCACCGCGCGACACAGCCAGCGAACCGAGUAACGCACCCACUGAUCCGAUGGCGUCCUUCUGCUCCAAGCAGCAGUGGUGCGUUUUUUUCGUGUGCGCCUUCAUUGGACUUGUACCGAGAGGGGUGGCGUGCCUGAAGGACGUGCGCCUGCGUGUGGAGCCGGCGGCCGUGCAGCGCGGGAAGCCCGCCUCGCUGCUCUGCGAGUACGACCUGGAGGGCGCGCCGCUCUACUCCGUCAAGUGGUACCGCGGCCAGCUCGAGUUCUACCGCUACUCGCCCAGCGAGACGCCCGUCUGCAAGAUCUUCCCCUUCCCCGGCAUCGACGUCGACCUUUCGUCGUCCAACGCGACUCAAGUGGUGCUGCGACGUGUCGGCUUCAGCCUGUCGGGCAACUUCAGCUGCGAGGUGACGGCCGACGCGCCCUCCUUCUCCACCAAGACUGUCACGGCCAACAUGCUGGUCGUUUGUGAGUAA